AUGCUUGGUUAUCCAACUAUUGAAGCAAUGCUUAGAGAUAUGCCUGAUAUUGUGAGGAUUGUUAGGAAUUCUGCUGGAGAAGAUGUAGUAAAUGCUGUGGUUGAUGAAAAUACAGCUCAUCUUGCUAGUUUAGUUGCAAGGCAGAAACCAAGUAAAACUGUAUCAAAAGUUAAGAUGCUGAAGAGACGACCACCUAAAGUACCUUAUGGAAGGAAAGUUCAGAAUUCUCCAUAUUUACCAAGAAUGAAUCAUCAAAAUUAUAAUUACAAAUUUUAUUCUAAUUUUCCUCAGUUUGAAUAUAAUUAUCACAAUAAAAAUACUUCAUUGGUAAAAAGAUUUGAUCAUCAGCCUUCUGUCCCACCACCACCACCACCACCUCCUCCUCCAUUACAAAGAAAGGUACAAAUUGCUCGCAAACCUAUUCGAAAUUUACCUCCAAGAUUUUUACGAGCUCAGAGGAUAUCGUCGUCAUCAUCAUCAUUGUCAUCAUCUCCUCCAGUUUUAUCUAUAGAAAAUUUUACAGAUGUGUGUACACCUGAAUCUGAAAUAGCUGCAAACAAUUGGGUAGAUGAUGUGGCAUGUUUACAAUCAGUCAUUUCAGAAGAAAAUGUUUCUAAUUGUGAUAUCAUUCGUUCGUAUGCUGCUUCUAAAGGACUUAUAGCAACCUUUCGAAAUCUUCCAUUAAAUACUAGAGAAUUGCCAUAUACUUACAUUUCUAUGUUAGUGAUUGAUGGACAAAAAUUUAAUUCAUAUCCUAAUGAUAAACCGACUAUUGACGAAGCUGAAGAAGAGGCUGCUCGAGUUGCUGUGGAAUCUUUGGAUUUAAGGCCAGGUAAAUCUGUGUGUACUAAAACUACAAGAUACGUACAAAUCCAAAAAUUACCAUUAAACAGAGAGACUUUAAUUAUUACAAUUUUCUAAUAAUUAAUACAAAUGAAAUUUUAACUAUGAAGUGAAAUUGUAUAAUUUAUGGAAAAGAUUUACUAACAACAACAUAACUUUAGAUGUAUAUGUAUUC